CUACAUAUGUGUGUGUGUGUGUAUGGAUGUACAUGUACAUACAGCAGCAGAGAUUUAUACAAAACGACAAACAACUAGAACAAAGGAUUAGAAAAUGCAUCCUGUUCGAUUUAAUGGUUAAAUACAGUAAAAUCAAAUUGCCCAUCGAGUGCAACUAAAGAAAAGCAAUAACAACAGCAACCACAACAACAUUGACGACGGCAUCAUCAACUGGAGAUUCGCGUCAAGAUGUCGCGCUGGGGCAAAAAUAUAGUUGUCCCCUUGGACUCGCUGUGCAAGGAAAAGGAGAACACAAAUCGGCCGACUGUGGCCCGUUCUGUUGGCACGGUGGGCAAAUGGGGCAAAAUGGGUUUCACCUCAACCCGUACGUAUACACUAUCCGCCCUCCAUCCAAUGGCUGCUGCUGCAGCAGCUGCCGCAGCUGCUGCAAGUCCUGCCCAGAGUCCAGCCUCUACUGGGGGCAGUGGACAUGACCAACAUGAUCCGAAUGAUUUAUCGGUUUCGGUGCCAGAGCCACCGAAGCCCAAAAAAUUCUUCAAAUCGCGAAAUGCCGCUCCGGAGGUAAUUGCCCAGAUCAUACAACAAUUGCCACAUUGUGGCACCGGAGCGGGCUCCUCGCCUAUGCGAGGUGAACAAAUAGCCACAACACCAACAAGAUCAUCAGCGGGAGCGGCGACAAGGAUAUCCGGUGGCCAGGAUCAGACGCCGAAAUCGAAGGCGUCUAAAGGUGGUGCAGCAGCCCAUUCCGCAGAGCGGAAACGCAAGUCGCCCAAAAAGAAGAUGAACCAAGGAGGACAAGCGACGACAAAUGCCUCGACUACAUUGCCAGGAGCAUUGGGAGAAGCAGAUCAAGAGCCGAGUCGUCUGGAUGAGCAGCAAGAGGUGGUUACCAGCUCAUCAUCAAAGAAAACAAAAAAACCGAAAGAGGAGAAGAAACUCAAACCGGAGGCACCACCUUCACGUAUAUUGGGGCGUGCCCGCAAAGCGGUUAACUAUUGCGAAGUGGAGGAGGAUGAGCGUUAUCCCACGCCCACUAAAGACCUGAUCAUUCCCAAGGCCGAUGCGAGUCCUGACGAAGCAUUGCCGCCACCUCCACCGCCAACCACAUCAUCGGUGGGCAGUUCCAGUGGCAAUGCUGCAGCGCCACUAUCAACAAAUGCCGCAACAGCAGCAGCAGGUGGUGCUAGUGGUGGUGGUGCCUCGACACCAACUGGCAUGGUCGGCUCAUCGCGUACACCAGAACAUCCGCCAAUUGUUUUACGUAUUUCCAAGGGAACAUCGCGCUUAGUCAGUAGUGACAGUGACGAGGAGGAGGACGAGGACGAGCACCAUCAACACCAUCAGGAAGAGGACGACGAGCAAAGGAAAUCCUUGGACGAUAAUGGUGAUAGUGUUGUCAAAGCAGACGGAAAAGUUCCUUUAAAUACGCCAAAAAUCACAGUAAAACCCCUGAGACCGCCCACUGAAGCUGGAGCAACAGAGGCAAGCGAAGCAACAUCAGCAGCUGCUUCUGGAGAUUUACUAGAUCAUCAGUCGAAGGCGGCAACGACGGCAGCAUCAGCAGCAGCGGAAACAAUCGAAGAUCAAAAGAAAAAGUACGACGAGGCAGCUGACGAGGAGGAGGAAGAAGAAGAGGAGGAGGAGGAUGAAGAAGAACCACCAGAGAUCAAUUAUUGUACAGUGAAAAUCUCACCCGAUAAACCGCCCAAAGAGCGUUUAAAACUAAUCAUUAAAACGGAUGUCAUCCGCAAUGCCAUAGCCAAGGCUGCAGCAGCCAAAGCCAAAGCAGCGGGCGAGGAUACGCCGCGCAGUGAAAAGAAAUCCAAAAGUAAAAAGCACAAACAUCUAAAGCACAAUCUAGUAGUAGGAGGAUCAGGAGCAGUAACAACAACAAUAACAGCCGAAUCAACACAAGCGGAAUUUAAGACACCUUCACCGCAUUUGGCAUUAAGUGAACCAGCAGCUCCUCCACCACUACCAACUUCUGUACUACCCCUACGUGGCUCAGUCAUCUCACCGACAACACGUUCUGAUCACGAUUUCGAUUCACAAUCUUCGGUCUUGGGUAGCAUAUCGUCGAAAGGGAAUAGUACACCCCAGCCGUUGGCUCAGGCUGUCCAGGAGGAUAGGUGUGUGAUUCGAAGUCGUGGUUCUAGUGUCAUAACGAGUGAUUUGGAGACUAGCCAGCAUUCAUCAUUGGUGGCACCACCAUCAGAUAUUGAAUCGCGCUUGGAAUCAAUGAUGGACGGCGCUGGUGGUAUAGCCACGGGCACAGGAAUGAUGGCCGAUGAGUCGGCAGUUCCAUUGCAAGGCGAUAUAUUGGCUGUGCUUAGAGGAGAAAUAAUGCCUCCAAAACUAAAUGGUGUAGCUAACAAGGAUAUUGACAGGGAGACUGGGCAAGGGAAGGAGGGCGGUUCAACGGCGGUGCAGGAGGAAGAGGAGCAGCAGCCACCGAAAAGGUCACUAAGAGGAAGGGGCAAAAAGGCCACAACCACAAAUGCCGCGCCGGCGCCUCCUGUAGCAGCUACAGAAAGUCGUACACGGGGUAGAACCAAAGCAGCUGCUACAGCUGCUACAACUACUGCAGUUACCCCAACGUCGACAUCUUCCUCACCUCCAGCACCAGCAACCAAUAAACGUUCCACACGUGGCCGAGUGGCCAAGAAACAACAGCAGCAACAACAACAACAGCAUCAAACUACGGAAAUGGAAAUUGAUGAAAUUCCACCGAUACCCACAGCAACAGAAAUAGAAGAGCCUCCUCCCAUUAUACGUGGACGUGGUCGACGAGCGAAUAAUAACAAUUCGGCUAGCAUAAAUAAUAAUAUCAACAAAAUAGCAGCCAAUUUAUCGGCCAAGGCCGAGGCAAGUCGAUUAAACGAAACGGAAACGAAGGGAAAUGGCGACACAGACGGCGGCGGUGGUGGCAGCGGAGGAGCGGGGAAUGCAAAUGAUUGCCCGCAAACUAAUCUGCGUAGCUAUGGUGGAAGGAAACGUAAAAAUCAGCAAGUAACUCAAGUGCUGCAACCUGAAGAUGAACAGCAACAGCAGCAGCAGCUGGACCAACAGCUGGAAGAGGAGGAGGCGCCGCCUCCAAGUAAAAUAUUACAUAAGGAUAAUGAUGUAGGCGGCAAGGGGCAGGAGAUAACUACAGAAGCAGAUGAGGACGAUGAAGACGACGAUGAUCUAUUGUCAAAUAAUUCCUCAAUGCUGCAACAUGAUGAGGGCUCAUCAUCGUUACCAGCUAUAAGGGAUUAUAAAUUUAAGGAUAAAUUUAAGCGUACCUUGACCCUAGACACACAAGUGGCUGGCGGCAAUAAGCCACUAGACCAGCAGCAGCAACAACAACAAGAUGAUCAGCAGGCAAUAGCAACGGAGAAUGAGCAAGAAACCGAAACGACGCCAACAAUAUCGGUGGCAGCGGCGGCGGCGUCAGCGGCUGCAUCUACGGCGGCAGCAGCUGAUUCAACCGCCGAAACACGAGGAUCUGUUAAACUGGUCAUAUCGAAGAAGAAGGGCAGUAUCUUCAAGAGUCGAGCCCUGGGACCAUCUGAUCAAGAAGCUUCAGCUGCCUCCAAGCGUCACCUCUACAAGCAUAGUUGGGAUGCCGCUCUGGAGGCAAAUGGUAGCGGUGGAACAGGCAGUGAUGCCAGCAAUACCUCGGCACAUGUUAAGGGCGAUAGUCUACUGCACAUGGGUGGCGGCAGUAAAUCCCUGGGCGAAGCCGAUGAUAGCUGCUCCUCUUCCAUAAACAACAAUAGUUCUACCAGUUCGGCGUUACGUGGUGGCGCUGAUAGUCCAGCCUUAGCCUUAAGUAAACACAAUUCACCUGCUGGUACAGCAUCGGGUGUCGGUGGUACAGGAACCGGUGCCAGCAGUGCCAUUAAUGCCAGCUCUUCCUCUUUAGCCAGGCAAAUGAAGCACCAGCAGCAGUUAGCACCAAAUGCCAAUGCCAUUUCAAACUCCAUGGGUCAAGCAUUGGGCCAAAAUCCAUUUGAUUUAGAUCUCGAGCCCGGUGGCGGUGGCGGCGGCGGCACAAACUCCUCAUCAAUGGCCAAUGAAGAAUCCUCUAGUCGUGUCGAUCGCAGCAAGACGAAGGAAUAUUAUACUGUGGUCCGUAAUGUGAAGACUGCCCAUCAGAUUCAAGAGAUUGGUGAAUACCAAGAGAUGGAUGAUGAUGUGGAAUAUAUAUUGGAUGCCCUGCAACCCCAUAAUCCUCCGCCCACACGUUGCCUUUCCGCAUUGCAAUUGGCCACCAAAUGCAUGACUCCCGCCUUUCGUAUGCAUGUCCGGGCCCAUGGUGUGGUCACGAAAUUCUUCAAGGCCUUGUCCGAUGCGAAUAAGGAUUUAAGUUUAGGCCUUUGCACAUCGGCCAUUAUGUAUAUAUUAUCACAAGAGGGACUCAAUAUGGAUUUAGAUCGUGAUUCAUUGGAGUUAAUGAUCAAUCUUCUCGAAGCCGAAGGUAUUGGCGCUCCCUCAGAGCGUGCGAAUUAUGAGCGCAAUAAACAGAAAGUCCGCGAAUUGUGCGAAGAGAUUAAAGCCCAGGGCAAGGGCACGCAUUUGAAUGUUGAAUCCAUAACAGUGGGCACAUUGGCAAUGGAAACAUUACUAUCCCUGACCUCCAAACGCGCGGGCGAAUGGUUCAAAGAGGAUUUACGCAAAUUGGGUGGCCUCGAGCAUAUAAUUAAGACAAUCUCACAUUUCUGUCAGCCGAUCAUUGGUGGUGAUGUGAUCGGUGAGGAUAUCGAAUGGAAUUCCUCGCUGUUGGACAACAUGCAAACGGUGGCCCGUUGUUUGCGUGUCCUGGAGAAUGUUACCCAGCAUAAUGAGGCCAAUCAACGUUAUAUGCUGACCUUUGACAAGGGCAAAGCCGUCAAUACGCUGUGUCAACUGUAUAAGCUCUGUGAUGGACAACUAAUCUGUCAUCCCUCGAAUGGUAGCAAUAGCAAAGAGCAUCCGGGUGUGGCCAUGCGAGAGUUACUCAUACCAGUUAUGAAGGUACUAAUCAAUUUGACGCACACCUUCAAUGAGUCGCAACCAUCGCUGGGCGCCGAAUUGUUAGGAAAACGCAGCGAUGUGAUUGAAACUAGCUUCCAUUUGCUUCUAUUGGCCUCCAAUUAUAUACCCGAACGAUGCAUUUUCGAGCUGAGCAUUUUGGUUUUAACUCUACUGAUCAAUUUGUGUAUGCACACACUGCCAAAUCGGGGCAUAUUGAUGCAGGCUCAGGCUCCUGUUGACUAUAUAGCCGACAAUCCUCCGGCAGGCAAUAAGCCAGUGACUGCUCUACAAGCUCUUCUCGAGUAUUUCUACAAAUGUGAAGAGCUAGCCAGGUUGGUGGAGAAAAAUACAGAUGCAUUUUUGGAGAACAAUGAGAAGAGCAAAAAAAAGCAAGAGGAGGUCGAAGAGACAGUUAACAAUUUACUCCAACGCGCUGGUCACCAUAUGGAGCACACACUGAAGGGCAGCUAUGCGGCUAUAUUGAUUGGCAAUCUAAUAGCUGAUAAUGAGCAGCACGAGGCAAUCGUCCGGAGACAAUUGCGGGGUAAUAGUUUCAAGGAGAUUGUCAAUGUGCUAGAGAAAUAUCAUACCUUUAUGAAUCUAACAUCGAGUUUGGAGGCUGCCUUUGUGGCUCAUAUGAAAUCGACAAAAAGGAUUAUUGACAAUUUCAAAAAGCGUGACUAUAUAUUUGAGCAUUCCUCUGAUGAGCAUGCCUUGCCACUCAAUCUGGAGACGACGACGACAACAACAAUAUCAUCAAUAACUGCAGCAACAGGAUCAGCAGGCGGAUCUGUUGGAGGAAUCGGUGUUGGAUCGGAAAAGGAAGGACAUAUCUCACCCACAGCCGCCUCAACGAAGCCACGUGUCUAUAAGACCUACAGCAGUCAUAGAUAAUUCCCAGACAAAAACAGGACAAGAAGUCCUUUAACUAGGAGAGAGAGAGGAGGGAGAGAGUUGGAAGUACAAUGUACGAAAUGUAGUUAGAAUGAAAGAGACUAAGUGUAAGAAAGCGAAUGAGAAAACAAAGAAGAGGAAGGAAAAAAAAAAGAAAGAAGCCUGCCACCAAAAUAUUUGAAUUC